UUACGCAACAUGCGCGUGUCUCAGUGACAAGCAGCAGCAUCCUACUUUUUUCAGGACCAUUCCCAGCGAUCACCAUCAAGCGGCCGCACUGGCACGGAUGGUCAAGCACUUCGGAUGGACGUGGAUCGGGACUGUGUGCAGUGAUUCAGACUAUGGGAACAAUGGCAUGGCAUCAUUCCUGAAGGCUGCGGAGGAGGAGGGAAUCUGUGUGGAGUAUUCUGAGGCCUAUUACAGGACCCAGCCGCGCAGUAAACUAAAAAGAGUUGCUGAUGUCAUUCGCAAGUCCACGGCUCGUGUAAUAGUUGCCUUCGUAGCCGCAGGCGACAUGAGAUUUCUCCUAGAAGAGCUGAGUCAGCAGCCUCCUCCUCCGAUGCAGUGGCUUGGCAGUGAGGCGUGGGUUACAGACCCACAAAUGCUGCGGUUUAGUUUGUGCAUCGGUGCUGUGGGCGUUGCAAUCCCGCGGUCUGUUAUCCCAGGUUUUCGUAACUUUUUGCUUGACCUGUCUUCAGAACAGGCCGUGAAAUUUCCCCUACUGACAGAAUUCUGGGAAAACUCAUUUAGCUGUAGUCUAAAACAGCAGACAGGUUCUUCUACUGCUAUGCCUGCAUGUAAUGGCACAGAGGAUCUGCGCGCAUUACACAACCCGUACACAGACACGUCCCAGUUGCGCGUCACUAACAUGGUGUACAAAGCCACAUAUGCUAUAGCUCAUGCCCUCCAAGGCAUUGUCUGUAACGAAAAACGUGACAAAUGUGACAAAAACAUAAAAGUUGAGCCCCGACAGACCCUGUGGCCACCUAUGAACUUGUGAAUUGGCAGCUUCAAGGAGACGGUUCAAUUGAUUUUGUGACAGUGGGUCAAUAUGAUGCAUCCCAGCCUAAAGGCCAAGAAUUCGGUCUGAGCAAAGAUAUAAUUUGGUUUGAUGGCAGUGAAAAGGUAUACGUGUUGUUCUAUUCUCUGUGAGAUUAUUACUCUGUGUAAUUAUUUUUGAAUGUUUUUUUAAAACUUAUAACAUUAUAAACACACCUGUUCUUUAUGUAUGUCAUACUCUUCAAUUAAACAUUCUAAGCAUUCAACAACAUUCUUUUAGUCACGUUCUUGCA